UGAACUCCCAGCAUUGGCCAAUAACAGUAAUAAUAAUAAUAGUAAUAACAAUAACAAUAAUAAUAACAACAACAAUACACUGUCCACAACAACACUUAAUGAAUUUAAUAAAACCAGCAGCGGCACAGUUAACACCGGCAGCCUAAGAUCAGGUCUUGAUGACCUAACAAAUGGGGUUGGUAGUGAUAACAAUCGUUUGGCAAAUAGUAUGGUUUUGGAAGAACGUAGUGGUGUCAUAAUGGAAAAGAAAGAGGCAAGCGGGACGGUGGUAAAUAGUACAAGAUAUUUAGGUGGUAACAAUACAACGACGACAAUAAUUAAACAAUCUCCCACGUCACCGAUACCCAUGGAAGUGCAACAUGCUGCACAACCAACUCUACAGCAGCAACAGUCCAGAGACAAUAUAUACUCAACAACUGCAGACAACCUUAAUGACUCUACGGCAAAUACAAAUCUAAAUGAAAAUUUAGAUUUAACAACAACGUCACAAUCACACCAUCAUCCACAUCAACAGCAGCAGCAACAUCAUCAUCAUCAACCUCAUCUGCAGUCUCACCACCAACAUCAUCUGCAACAGCCACAGUCGCUACAUCAUCAACAGCAUACACACUUGAGGCUUAAUGCUAGUAGCAACAGCAAUAACAGCGCCUCUACUACAAACACCAGCAAUCUUUUAAUUAAUUGCACACAAAAUAUUGCAUAUCCAAGACAAAAACAAGAGUUACCUUUACCUUUAACCACAUCAAUGGCUGAGUGUCAAUUGACAGCCACAGAAGUGGCAGCAGCAGCAGCCGCUGCAGCAGCUGCGGCCGCGGCCUCUGAUCGACCACCACCUCCUUCAUAUCAUACAACAACUUCCAAUACCACUUCGUCACAGGCUAAACUAUAUCAGCAUCCCAUAACGUCAUCAUCAAACCCAUCAGCCGCCACAUCGAAUACUACAUGUACAAAUGAAAUGGAUUCAAUGGUUUCUUCUACCGCCACCGAUUCCUUAACUAAUCCUGCUGCUGCCUCACGUCUCACUGCUUACGAACAGUUUCUCAAGUUGUCAGCCCAAGAGUAUACAACGGCCGCUGAAAGUGCAGCUUUAAAUUUAAGUUCGGCAGCAGCAGCGGCAGCUGCCAUGGCGGCCGCUGCAGUAGCCAAUGUCACCGGAGCUGUAAGUACUAGUAGUUCAUCAGCGUUAGUGGGUGGUAUUGUAGUGGGAGCCAGUAGUGCUGGUGGUGGUGGUAGUAAUAUGUUAAGUAGUAAUAGUGCGGCAUUGCUAAAUGCCAGCAAUAGCAAUGAUUUAACGUCCCUGCAUCAUUAAAUGUUUGUGAACGGUAUAGGAAAUAUGGGAAAUUUUAAGGUUUUAAAAUGGAAUCUAAAAAGAGUUUUUAACCACAAUAAUAUUCUUGUUAAAAUAACAAAAAGGUUUUGAAAUAAAUUAAAAAUUGCAGGCUAACAAUGCUGAAAAUGUUGCUCAAGGUGGACAUAUGUACAUAUUUAAACAUAUUUAUGGCUUAAUGAUUCGAUACAAAAAUUAAACUAUUCGAAUUGGUAGGAAUUUUGACACUGGCCAAAAAAAAAAUACUUGAGCUAUUGGUUUUUUAGUACUCAUUUUUCAACAUUGAAUUGUUUUUAAUUUUUUAAAUACUGAAUGCAGUUUUUAACGGCUAACUUAAUUUUAACAAAGUGGUUUGUAAAGUUUUGCAUUAUAGAAACCCAAAUACUUAUUUUAAUGUUUAAACAUGUUUAAAUGUUGCUUUGAAAUAUUGUUGAUUUUAAAUGUUAAAAAUACAUUUUCCACAAAGUGGGUUGUAAAGUUUUAAUAUUAUUCAAACCAAAAUUGUUAUUUUAAUGAAAAUAU